GCCCUCCCCAACAGUAGGCCGAGUCCGGUAGUAGCAUCCGGAAGGGAAAUGGUCGUGCUUUCGGUGCCCGCUGAAGUCACCGUGAUUCUGUUAGAUAUCGAAGGUACCACAACCCCGAUUGCUUUCGUGAAGGACAUUUUAUUUCCUUACAUCGAAAAAAAUGUUAAAGAGUAUCUGCAGACACAUUGGGAAGAAGAGGAGUGCCAGCAGGAUGUCAGUCUUUUGAGGAAACAGGCUGAAGAGGACGCCCACCUGGAUGGGGCCGUUCCUAUCCCUGCAGCAUCUGGGAGUGGAGUGGAUGAUCUGCAACAGAUGAUCCAGGCCGUGGUAGAUAAUGUGUGCUGGCAGAUGUCCCUGGAUCGAAAGACCACUGCACUCAAACAGCUGCAGGGCCACAUGUGGAGGACGGCAUUCACAGCUGGGCUCAUGAAAGCAGAGUUCUUUGCAGAUGUAGUUCCAGCAGUCAGGAAAUGGAGAGAGGCUGGAAUGAAAGUGUACGUCUAUUCUUCAGGGAGUGUGGAGGCACAGAAACUAUUGUUUGGGCAUUCUACAGAGGGGGAUAUUCUUGAGCUUGUCGAUGGUCACUUUGAUACCAAGAUUGGACGCAAAGUGGAGAGUGAAAGUUAUAGAAAGAUUGCAGACAGCAUUGGGUGCUCAACCAACAACAUUUUGUUUCUGACAGAUGUUACUCGAGAGGCCAGUGCUGCCGAGGAAGCGGAUGUGCACGUAGCUGUGGUGGUGAGACCGGGCAACGCAGGACUGACAGAUGAUGAGAAGACUUACUACAGCCUCAUCACAUCCUUCAGCGAACUAUACCUGCCUUCCUCAACCUAGAGGAGGGUUGCCAAGGCAGACCACACUUCCCCACAGAGUUGUCCCUAUAGUGGCUAGGUUUAUUCUAAUGGUAAAAGUAACUUACUUAAAAAAAAAAAAAAAAUAUAUAUAUAUAUAUAUACACAUAUGUAUGCAAGUAUAUAUAUAUGUGUAUGCUCAAAUUAACUUCCACAGGUACGUAAGUGAAAGAAGUCUCAGUUCAGUGAACACAAAACUUACAUAAAGAUGCUUUAUGUGUAGAAAUUGUUUGAAAUCAUACUCUAACCCUUACUGAGGGCAAAGUGUAGUUGAUAGAAGAAACUGCUAAAUACCUAUCUAAUGUGCUAUGUUUAUCAAGUCGUGUACUAAAAUGGAAAGCUAGUUUUCAGAAAUUAUUCAGAAGCCCUAUUUUAAGAAGGAAAUAUUUCAAAGACUUAUUUCUAAUAAUAAUUAAUUGCCCCUGUUUGUGUUUAGAAGAUUAUAGCAGCUGUAUUUCAUAUUUUCCUCCUUAUAUCUAUCAAAGAUAAAAGUGUUUCUACUCCAAAAGAGCAAAAUCGGGAAAGAAAACUUACUUGAGUCUUGGUCAAACAAGUGUGUUUUACUUAAGAAGCUUGGGUAAUCACCGUGACACCCACAGCAAGCAGCUGCCUUACCAGUGAAAAAGGUGCACUGAUGUAACAGCUAAGACAGAGAUGCGGUUCAUAAUGUUCAGCAGAACAGUUCUCAUCCCGCCAGGUGUUACAUUAUAGAUUGUAUAGUUGCCUUUCUAACUAUUUAGCAAAGUUUGAGGAUAUGUUAAUUGCUAUUUACUAUUUAAAAAGUUUUACUGAAAUCAUUUCGUAAGAUAUAAGAUGAGCCCUAAUAUGUAAGAUUUUCCUCUGGAAUGGAUGUGAAAAAUGUAAAUUUUAUAACAGCAGUAUUUAUCCUGGUUUAAUUCUAAUAGAAUGUCUUGUUAAUUUCAUGUUGUAAUUAAUAAAAGCAUUUUCUUCACUCA